ACCACACACCCUCAGACCCACAGCAAGAUAUGCAUACAAGGACCCCCAGAGAUGUCUCUCAGGACACACGCAUUGUCGCAAAGGCAUGGAUGUAACACUCACUCUCCUGCAUGAAACCUUGGAAUACACUGACAAGCUCUACACACAGAGAUGCAGGGACACACCCACACUGUCACCAGCCCAGCAAGCUUUCUCCAGACCCAUGCAAAAUAGCCAGCACAGAGCUGUGGGCCAGCCCACGUGACUGGGAAGGCUCUGGCCCAUGACAGGAUGGGAAAACUAUGCCUGGGGCCAGCGUAGGGCUGCAGCUGCACCCCAGCCACAGGAGGCGGGGACGCAAGAACCACAGAGCGCUUCCUCCAUUGGUCCGGACACCCCUGGAUGUGGCUGGGCACUGAAGGCGACCACGAUGAUCCCCUGGGUGCUCCUGGCCUGUGCCCUCCCCUGCGCCGCUGACCCGAUGCUUGCUGCCUUCACUCUCAGAGACUUCCAGAAGGGCUCCCCUCAACUGGUCUGCAGCCUGCCUGGCCCCCAGGGCCCCCCAGGCCCCCCAGGAGCCCCAGGGCCCUCAGGAAUGGUGGGAAGGAUGGGCUUUCCUGGCAAAGACGGCCAGGAUGGCCAGGACGGGGACCGGGGUGAGAGCGGCGAGGAAGGUCCACCUGGCCGGACAGGUAACCGGGGAAAGCAAGGACCAAAGGGCAAAGCUGGGGCCAUUGGGCUGGCUGGCCCUCGUGGUCCCAAGGGGGUCAUUGGGAUCCCUGGGAAGCAUGGCACGCCAGGCAAGAAGGGGCCCAAGGGCAAGAAGGGGGAUCCAGGCCUGCCGGGCCCCUGCAGCUGUGGCAGUGCCCGGGCCAAGUCAGCUUUCUCAGUGGCGGUGACCAAAAGCUACCCGAGGGAGAGAAUGCCCAUCAAGUUUGACAAGAUCCUGAUGAACGAGGGCGGCCACUACAACUCAUCUAGCGGCAAGUUCAUCUGUGGCGUGCCCGGGGUCUACUACUUCACCUACGACAUCACACUGGCCAACAAGCACCUGGCCAUCGGCCUCGUGCACAACGGCCAGUACCGCAUCCGGACCUUUGACGCCAACACCGGCAACCACGAUGUGGCCUCAGGCUCCACCAUCCUGGCCCUCAAGCAGGGUGACGAGGUCUGGCUGCAGAUCUUCUACUCGGAGCAGAAUGGGCUCUUCUAUGACCCCUACUGGACCGACAGCCUCUUCACAGGCUUCCUCAUCUAUGCCGACCAGGACAACCCCAACGAGCUAUAGACUGGCCCCGGGGGCCCUCCGAGCAGGGACCAGGCUUCUGGACUUGUGCUUACAGAGCAAGACCCCCAAACUGUGGCUGGGGCAGAGAGUCUCAGAGGCUUCCAUCCUCAGGCUGACCUCCUUUGCUGCUUUAAAUUUUUUUCCAUCAUUAAAUCCAAGUGUUUUUAUUCAUCUGUUUAUCUGUCCACUCAGUGUCUGCCGAAUAGCAAGCACUGGCUACACCUAUCUGCAAGUGACAGCGGUGGGCAAGAUGGGAGACAGUUUACAAAUAAGCAGCCAGCACAGUGCCAGGGUAGAAUGGACGUGCCAUGGUUGAGAGUAGUAGAAAUAACAAGAGACAGGGAAGAGACUGACAUUUUUCUAAGGGUUCAUCUUUUUAAGUUUAUCUAUAUAGAGUCCACAAUUUUAAGUAGAAAGCUUAAUGAAUGUGUAUUUAAGUGCACACCUUGUAACCACCCCAUAGAUCAAGCAUCAGCCUCUGCCUUCCUCUCCAAACGUGCUCAGGCUCCUCCAAGUCCUUACAUGUGCUCCUGCACUUACACUCAGGUUACAUCCUGAAAAACCCACUGUAAGCUGAACAGGCCACAAGCCAAACACACACAGCCUACAGAGAGUCCAUCAUACCUUAGCAACACAACACACCCUAGAGUAUAAAUUGUUCACCCUCUGCCACUGUACAGCUUAGAUUGAAAAGGUUGAAAUUCAAAAGACAGUUUCAGGCCCGGGAUUUAGCUCAGUGGUUUCACAGCCUGCUGCGCAAGGACCCAAGUUCAAUCCCCGGUACCAAAAAAAAAAAAAAAAAAAACAGUUGCUACUGAAUGCAUACUGCUUUUUGUCAGUACCGGGAAUCAAACUCGGGACCUUGGACUUGGCAGACAGGUA